AUGGUGUUAGCGCAGACGGCGCCUGGAUUUCCGGUGCAGGCUCAGAGGAGUCUACAGGUUACAUAUGGGUCUAAUAACAUCUCUCCAGCUGGAGAGCUGAUUCCACGACCUGAGGUCGCGAACCCGCCAACAAUCAGCACGCCUGCCUUCACAUCCACAGGAAAAGCCAUCUUGUUCAUGGUCGACUCGGACGUACCUCGCAACGGCACCCGUGUCCAACUCCUCCAUUGGCUCGUCUCCAACGUAACACUCUCGGCGCAGAACAGCUCAGUCCUCGACAUUCCCACGCCUGGAGAAGCGCCCUACCGCCAACCCUCUCCGCCCGUCGGUGACAUCCCACACGCCUACACCUUCGUCCUCUUUUCGCAACCCGAAAACUUCUCAAUUCCAGCGCAGUUCAACGACGUGCUACAAACUCGCGUUUUGUUCGACAUCUCAGCAUUCAUCGCGGCUACGGGCCUUCAGGACCCGAUCGCAGCGAAUUAUAUCCAGGUGCAAAACGUGACAGGCGUGUCGGGGACUGUGACGACGUUUCCACCAGCGAGACCAACCACCACUCCAACAUCGAGUGGGAAUUCUUCGACUGUGCCAAUUCCAGGUAGCGCGCCACCGGCGGUCUUGGGUGGUGGGAAGUUCCUGUGGGCGGGAGUCGGGACCGCGGUUAUUGCAGGAGUUGCGGCGUUUUCUUUGUAG